AAACAUAGGAUUAUUCCAAAGGACGCUUGGAUAUGGUGCCCAGACAUCGGUCUCAUGGCUAAAUCUCCAGCGGCACGGUAUAAAAUCCGAACACAUUCGCUGCCAUCAGUGUCACUUCUGCUCGUCGUCCGUUCGUUUGCUUCAGCCUGGUGCUCCGGACUGGUUGCCGACACUGUUCCUUCACAAGCCCUUCGUUCGGAUACGCAGUCAAAUAGAGGUCGUCUGUAUUUUUGAUAUGGUUGUAACUCUCUUGGCGUUCUUCUUGCUGGCAUUGUCUGCGACGGCAGCCCCAAUUCGACGGGCGAAUCCUUGCUUUGUUACCGGAUCCGUCGCGCUACCCGCCGAGGUCGCCGAUGGCUUACCCGCCAUUGAGAAUGCGGUGACUUGCAACACCGCGGUCCAAGUCGCGCCUGGUGUACCCGACCUCAUCUCAGGCGGUAUCGCCUACAGCACUAUCGACUUCCAGAAGUCCAAUCUAUCACCCAUUGGCUUUGCACUUCAAACCUUCGCCACCCCCUCAGAUCCGGCGACCGCCGAUCUCACUACGCUCCAGAAUCAACUGAAUGACUACCUUGCCCUCGAAGCCGGCACCCGCUCGCAGCCCAACUCCUCCGUUCUCCUCACCAAGCUCAAGGGACCGAAGUUCUUCCUGCAGUUCCAGAUCGCGCGCGUGAAGACGGCGCAAGGUCAGACGCUAGACGUCGCGGAUACGGUCGAGCAUCAAUUAGGAAAGGUCACUAAGAACGCCGUGGGUGCAUCGGCGGCUGAAAUCGCGCAGGUCAACGCGCUUGCGACGCAACUUUAG